GAGGACGCGGAUCUGGCCCGGGGGCCGCCGGCCUGGCGCGUUCCGGCAUCUCGUCACUUCAUGGAUUCCUUUGGGACAACUAAAUCAGAGGAUGACCAGUCAGUAGUCAGCAGAAUGCAAAAGAAAUACUGGAAAACCAAACAGGUCCUAAUUAAAGCAACAGGAAAAAAAGAGGAUGAGCAUGUGGUAGCAUCUGAUGCAGAACUGGAUGCCAAACUGGAGGUUUUUCACUCCAUUCAAGAGACAUGUACUGAACUUCUGAAGAUUAUUGAGAAAUAUCAGCAAAGACUUAAUGCUAUAUCUGAAGAAGAAAAUGAGCUUGGGCUCUUUCUAAAGUUUCAAGCAGAACAGGAUAUAACUCAAGCUGGCAAAAUGAUGGAUGCCACUGGCAAGACACUCUGUUCUUCUGCCAACCAAAGAUUAGCCUUAUGUAUGCCCCUGUCUCGUCUUGAGCAAGAGGUAGCAACUUUUAGUCAGAGAGCAGUAUCUGAUACCUUGAUGACAAUCAAUCGAAUGGAACAGGCCCGCACAGAAUACAGAGGGGCUUUGCUGUGGAUGAAAGAUGUAUCGCAAGAACUAGACCCAGACACAUCCAAACAAAUGGAAAAGUUCAGAAAAGUGCAGAUCCAAGUGAGGACCGCCAAAGCUUCUUUUGACAAGUUAAAGAUGGACGUCUGUCAGAAGGUGGACUUACUCGGGGCCAGCCGCUGCAACCUGCUGUCCCACUCACUUACCACCUACCAGAGAACACUUCUUGGAUUCUGGGAGAAAACAGCUCGGAUGAUGUCUAGGAUCCAUGAAGAGUUUACAGGCUUCCGUCCAUAUGAUUUUGUUGCACUAAAGCGACUCAAGGAGUCUCCAAACAAUCUUACUGAAGAACACAAAGAGGACAGAGUAGAAAAUAAUAUUCUUACUGCUAAUCUUGACAAGCUAAUUUUGUUGGACGAGGAAGCAAGUGAAAAGGAAAGUGAAACAGCAUCAGAGGAUCACAAAGAAGACCAUUUUCAAAUGAGCGAAUUUGAAGCAUCUCAGCUUUCUGGACCUGAAAAUGUUGCAAAAGAUCUUCUUGUAGAUUCCCUAGAAGGAGAGGAUUUUGAGAAGGAAUUCUCAUUUUUGAACAACCUACUGAGUCCCAGCUCCUCAAGUACUGGAGAAUUUAACCAAGAAUGUCAAAAUGUCUGUGGGAGCCCCAACACCAGUGUCCCUGCCCAGAAUUGUGCUGCAGGAGCAGAGUCUCUCGCUAAGUCAUCGGGAUUCCUCCCUUCACAACUCUUUGACUUGGGCCUCCAUGCUGCUGGAAACUUCAGUAGCUGGACCUCUCAGAGGGAAUCAGUAUUUUCUCUUUCACACACAGAUUCUGAUAACCAGCCUGUGCCUUCGCAGAGUAAACCAAAGAAAUCAUCAAUAUCUCCGGAAGGUGGGAAUAACCAAGAUAUGUCCGCCUGGUUUAACCUGUUUGCAGACCUGGAUCCCCUUUCGAAUCCAGAUGCCAUCGGACACUCGGAUGACGAACUCCUUAAUGCUUGACUGGAAUUACUAAGUAGACGAUUGAGUAGAUAAUUAUAACGUCCCAUCGAUGGCCUUGAGGUAUCAAACUCUGUAACAUAUUGCCUUUGUGGGAAGGAGCUCAAACUGCAAUUCAGACACAGGCCUGGUGUGUAAGAGUCAGACACUUGAUAGAUGGCGUCUGGUAAAGCACCAAGCGAGCACCUUGCUCGGCUCUGUCCAUGUUUCCCAGGAAUAUGUGGAAAGCAUCCCCAGCCCUUCCAAGCCCGAGAGAUAUUCCCUACGGAUAGAUGCCCAUUUCCAUGGAAACAGCCUGGCUCGGGCCACGUGACGGGUGGGAGCCUUUCGGGAACCCAGCCAUUAUCUGGUGCGGGUUCUGUGGCUGCAGGGAGCGAGCGCUGCAGCCGGCAGGUGGGUGUGAGGGCUUGUCUUUGAGGAGCAGGGGCCUCGAGUUCUAUGUUAAAAGUGUUACUGGAACUAUAUGGAUUUUGUUAGUUUAAAACUAGAUUAAAAACUUGACUCGGUCUGAAAGGAUUCCAUAGAAAAGGAGUGCCUUUUUGCCCACUGGAGUCAGGUUUGCUUGUUGCUUUAUUUUUUAUUCUUUGAAAAGCAGGAGAACCUUUAUUCUACUCAACUAAGAAUAUGGUUAAAGUAGGUUAGUUUAUCCCAUCUAAGUAUCUGGAAAUUCUUCCUAUCUCACAUACUUAUAUGGAGUAGUCAUGGUAGUGGGACCUGUUUUGUACAUGCACUCCAAAAGGGGAAAAAACAUAUAAAAAUGCCUAAGCAAGCCCACAGUUGUGUCUUCUAGAGGCGCACUUUAGAUGCUUUCACCUGUAUUCGAUUUAGGUCCUAUUAGUGAAGAGCAGGCUCCUUUAAGAUUUUUGCAUGUACUUUCCCCCCAUCUUUUGCAGUGGCUUCAGGCCCUGAGAGCAGAAAAACAGAACACAGACUUCAUUGGGGGAACGGCUUGAUUUUGCUGGUGGGGACGAUUUUAGGCCUAUAGUUCCCAUGGCAAUUUGUUACAGUUGAAUCAAGCUUUGAGGCAAAAUCUUUCAACUACUAGGUAAAGGUACAGUAGCCUCAGUUUGUGUUGGGAAGAGCUGAUGAGCAGUGUGACGUGUGCAGUAUGGCUUCUUUCUUAGUAUCAGGACCUGCUUUUGUUCUUUUUACUGGUAGCAUCUUUGAUCCCCAGUAUGCUCCUCUGCUAACUGAUCACCGUAUAUGUUCACUGUUGCUUCCCUGUGUGCCUAUGGACACAGAGCAUUUCUGGAAAUCAAAGCCUUCACUUAAGCCACAGCAUGUAACUUGUCCUGCUUAGAAAACAAGGCAGGGGGAAAGGAAAGCUAGUCAUUUCCAGAGAAUAAACAACUCAGUUAGGUGUUGGAUAUGCUUUUGGGGAGGAUUAAAAAAUUAGGUGGAAAAAACACAGUAGCAGAGGUUUUCAUUAAAAAAUACUUCCAAGAACUAACUCACAUUCAUGUGGCUCUUCAUUCAGUUAUCCCUAUUUCCCCAAAAGAAAAGUGUUGCUUUUGUUCUAACAAAAGUAACACUUUUCCUUUCAUGGCUUUGUACUCACUAACACUCGUUGUGGAAUAUCCAGAUGUUGCUUUAUUCCAGUGAAACAAACAAGGGUGUCAGGAAACCAUACUGCUAAUAUUUUGGUGCUCUCAAACUAUUGAACUGUAGGUGCUCAAAAUAAUGGCUGCUUUGAUCCGACAGACUUUAAGAAGGGUGUGAAACGUCAGAUAGAGCUGCUUUUCUUUCUUUCUUAAGACAUAUUCUUCCUCUCCACACACCCAUGAAAAAAUGUCCAUGUAACCUCUGAAUUGGGCUUGGCUGCUUCACUCAGUAAUCAAAGCAAGUCCUUUAAGAAGGCAUGAAAAAGCAUGUAGGGCAUAAAGGUCUCAUUUUAAAAGCACUGCCUGAAAUUCUUUGAAAACUUUCCUUCUGCAAUUAAGGUAGAGAAUCUUUCACUCUGGCCGAGUCCAAGACAAAGAGCUUGAAGGCUAACCAGCCCUUCAGAUCUGACAACUGAGUAUUCUACAAAUAAGCUAACAAAUCAAUAUAUCAAAAUGAAGUCAAGGAGACUAAAAAGAGAGUUUAGUAAAACUCUUUUUCCUCUUAUUUUACAUCAACCAAUUCGCUAAAAGGUAAUAAACUACCAUUAAGCUUUCGGAGUAUGGGAAGAAUAUUCUUAAGGGAAAAAAAAAAAUAACCCCUUACCAUUUUUAUACUGAUAGUUUGGGGCAGGAGAAGGGGGAGAAGAAGGUAGCAAAUCUCUUCCUCCAUGUUUUUAUACCAGAGAAGAAUGGAUUUAUAUUAUACAAAUCUAAUGAAUGGCUUCAGAAGUGAACUUUAUCUGUUAUCUAUAGAGACCACAUCCAAAUCCAAUAAGGUGGGUUAGGUAUAUGUUAAGAUCAAGAUUAAUGUAACUUUGUACUUUUUGAAAUCUUUAAUUUGUAAAAUUUUAUAGUUAUGAAAUAUUGGGAACUGCAAUUAUAGCUGCACAUUCAAAACAAGUGUUUGCAUUAGAAGUCACAUUUUGUCAAUCAGCGAUAGAUCAUUUAGUUCAGCUUUACAAAGCGAGUCUGGAGGGUGCUACGGAUACUUUCGUCUUCAAACACUGCAGAAGUGGUGUCAUCCCACUGUCUAGAAAUUAAAAUCUUGAUGGAUUGUCAGUUAUCAGGAUUUUCACUAAGAGCUAAAUUUACUCUAUUCAUGUAGUUAUCCAAUGACAAUGAAAAUAAAAUGGGGCAAUUGA